AUGUCCAUAAAGGAGGCUCCAGAAGCGCCGAGCGGUGUUAAUGGCGAUACCUCUGCUCAAAAUAAAGAUCCCGCGAUGCCUUCGGGUGGGGCCAAAGCCAAAGUCGAUAAAGCGAAGGAGAAGUUAGACAAGAAACAGCAGAAACUCAAGGAGAAGACAAACCCUGCGGGGGGAUACGAUGCCACGCCGAUUCCGCCAGCUCGCGAUGGCUACACGAUCAAGUUUACCUUCCACCGCGCAGAAAACCUGCCCAUGUCAGACCUAAGCACGCGAUCCUCAGAUCCCUUCAUACGGGCGACAUUGACUGCCCCUCUGCAGAAAAGGCACAAGGAAGACCCUAACCUCGUCUUCCGAACACCCACGAUACAGAAGAAUACAGACCCGGAAUGGAAUUCACAAUGGAUUGUGGCGGGGAUACCGUCUGCCGGCUUCAAGUUGAAAUGUCGAUUAUAUGAUGAAGAUGCUCAGGAUCAUGAUGAUCGAUUGGGGAAUGUGACAAUUGUCGUGGACCACCUUGGUGCGGACUGGCCCGGGUUUCGAGAGGAGAAACAUAGCAUUAAGAAGCGUAUGGGAAGCAAGAGAGCAUACCUUGUCCGAGGCUGCGCCGCCAUGUUAAGCAAUGUGGACAUGAGUGGGAGUUUGUGGGUUAGUGCAGAGCUCCUUGGAAAAUCGGACCCUCCUCAUGGUCGCAUGUAUACUGUUGGUGAGACGAGGUGGUUUAAACACUAUUCACCCAUGAUUGGGAGGAUUGUUGGGAUGAAGGCGCCUGAUAACAAGGAGGGUGAUGGUGCAGAAAACAGGGGGAGCAAGAUUGAGAAGCAUGACUUCCAAGCAAACCAGCUCCAACUACAAGGUCCCGUCCCUGCUGAAUUAUACCACCGCUUUGUGGAGUUCAAGCCUUUCGUAAAGGGCAUGUUCUCAAAAGCCGGUCUCCGAGGGCGAAUCUUGAACAAGGCGCUACACCACCAACAUGCCCGCAUCUACAACUUUGACAGCACGACAGAAUAUGGCGUCAUGCCUCCUUGCUCCAAGGAAGCUGCUCUACAAUUCCUCAAAAUGGCGCAUUACGACGAAGGCGCGCGAAUCUUCACCUAUGUCUUAACCCUAGACGGGAUGUUACGCUUCACAGAAACAGGCAAAGAAUUCGGCAUCGACCUCCUCUCCAAACACACCAUGCAUAGCGACGUAAAUAUCUACAUAGCCUGCAGUGGCGAGUUCUUAAUUCGGCGCUUAAAGCACCCCGAGAAGCCCGUUGACGACCCAGACCAAGUAACACAUCCGGAGGAUGACGUCCCCGGCGGCCCACCUCAUACCGACCCGCCCAAUGAUCCCCAAAAUUACGAGCUGAUAAUCGACAAUGACAGUGGCACCUAUCGACCGAAAGGCGAUCUCCUCCCGCUCCUCAAAGAAUUUCUUGGCAAGAAUUUCCCCGGACUGCACGUGGUGGUCAAAGAAUGCACGGAUGAAAAAUUGAUCAAGAUGAAGGAAGGCCAGCGUGAGAAGAAAAAGAAGGAGGGCAAGCAUAUACGGAUUAUACAGAAUUCCGAUGAUGAUCUCAGUAGUAGUGAUGAGGAACGGUUGAAUGAUGAAAAUAAGAAGUCUGGCAGGGAGAAGGCGCUCAAUGCGUUGGAGAAUCCUAAGGGUGCGGCCAAGGAGCUGAUGGCGGGACUCAAACACAAGUCAGAUAAUGCAGAGGCGGCGGGGAAUAAGGCUGAGGUGAAUGGAGGGGCGAGUACAGCUUAA